AUGGAGUGUGCUUUGCUGAAUGAGAAGCUGGAUUCCUUGGUCAAAGCCUUAAGUGAGGAAGCAGAAGCUCAGGUGGUUCCAACGGGUUCCCUGGCUGGCCAGGAAGAUGGUGGCUCAGCCCCAGAUAAGGAUGGCAGUGACGCAUGCUCCAGUGCCCAAACUUACCGCUCUAGGGAGCAGUUGAUGCUACGGGCCAACAGCCUGAAAAAGACCCUGAGGCAGAUCAUCGAACAGGCAGAGAAAGUGGUGGACGAGCAGAACCGACACACUCAGGUCCACAGGAUGUGGUCGUCAUCUUCCAUCAAAAGAGAAAACAGCGAGGAACUAAAGGAUGCGGAGAUGCGCUACAGACGUUUAAGUCCAACCUCUCCCAUCGUCCUGGAGCAACCGAAGAGACUCCACGCGGUCAAAUUCAACGAGGACUCAGUACUAUGCUUGGAGAAGUGUGUGAUGAACAACUACUUUGGCAUCGGUCUGGACGCCAAGAUCUCGCUGGAGUUCAACAACAAGCGAGAUGAGCAUCCUAAAAAGUGCAGCAGUCGCACAAAGAACAUGAUGUGGUAUGGAGUGCUGGGGACUAAAGAGCUGGUCCAGAAGACGUACAAAAACUUGGAGCAGAGGGUUCUGCUUGAGUGCGAUGGUGUCUCCGUUCCUCUUCCGAUUCUCCAGGGCCUGGCGGUGCUCAACAUUCCCAGCUACGCAGGCGGCAUCAACUUUUGGGGAGGCACCAAGGAGGACAACAACUUCGGGGCUCCGUCUUUUGACGACAAGAAACUGGAAGUAGUGGCUGUGUUUGGCAGCAUGCAGAUGGCCAUGUCCAGAGUCAUCAACUUACAGCACCACUGUAUUGCACAGUGCCGCCAGGUGAAGAUCACUAUCCUAGGGGAGGAGGGUGUCCCUGUGCAAGUGGACGGCGAGGCUUGGAUCCAGCCACCGGGUAUCGUCAAGAUACUCCACAAGAAUCGAGCACAGAUGCUCACCAGGGACAGGGCUUUUGAGAGCACACUCAAGUCGUGGGAGGAUAAGUUAAAGAUCGACAGCGACCGCGUCAACAGGCCCCGCCUCAACUCACAGCAGUCCAUGGAGUACUUGACGGAGGAGGAGUGCGCUCAGGUGCAGCAGCUGGGCACGGUGGCCGACACGCUCAUCAGCAAGAUCCGCGAGGCCGCCAAGACGCACAAGCUGGUGGAGCAGGAGCUGGCACACGCCGUCAACGCCAGCGCCACGGUGCUGACCGAGGCCAAGCUGUCCAGCCCUGAGUUUUUGAGUCGCAGCACAGCCGUGGAAAUUGUCAACAGCAGCAAAGUUCUCCAGGCAGAGACAACCAUGCUUCUGGAUGGAAAACAUCUGUCCGAGUUCCCUGAGGAAGAGGGGCUCCGCUUAACCCUGAACAGCCUAAGUGCUGAGCUCCACAAGCUGGAUGACAUCCACCGGAUCUGUCCACUCACGCACUGUGCCGAGGAGGGGUUGGCGCGUCCCAGUAGUAAAAGCAGCAUAAAGCUUAAGAUCAUGCCCAAGGUGAAGAGGGAGAAGGAAAAGCUCCACAAGCAGAAGUCAAACAGCUCGCUCUCAGGAACACGGGACGUCAAGUGUACGACUCCUGAAGCAGAAUCGCCAAGCAACCGACGAUCUUUUCCGGCCCCUAACCUUGACCUCCGCGAGUGA